AUGGCCUCCAAAACUUACAACGUCGGUGUUGUCGGCUACGGCUUCAGCGCCAAGAUCUUCCACAUUCCCUUCGUCUCGCAGAUUCCCGAGCUCAAGCUUCAUGCCGUUGUGCAGCGUACUCCCAAGCCCGACGAUGAUGCUGAGAAGGACCACCCGGGCGUCAAGUCCUACCGUACCACCGAGGAGAUGGUCCAGGACCCCGCGCUGGACAUCGUGAUCAUCACCACCGCCCCCGACUCUCACUACGACCUGGCCAAGCUCUCUCUCGAGGCCGGCAAGCACGUUGUCUGCGAGAAGCCCUUCACCCCCACCUUCAAGGAGGCCGCCGAGCUUGUCCAGAUUGCUGAGAAGAACAAGAAACAGCUGGCCGUUUACCAGAACCGCCGCUGGGAUGCCGACUUCGUCACCCUUUCCAAGCUCAUCAAGAACGGCUCUCUCGGCCGCAUCUCCGAAUUCGAGACUCACUUCGACCGCCACCGCCCCGAGGAGCCCGCCGCUGAUGGCCACAAGUGGAAGAACAAGGUCAUGCCCGGUGGUUCGGCCGUCUAUGAUCUGGGCACCCACCUGCUCGACCAGGCCGUCCACCUGCUUGGUCUCCCCAAGCGCGUGACUGGCUUCAUCGGUUCCGCCCGCGCCGUCAACACCAACGGCUUCGAAGAUUCUUUCACCGUUCUGCUGCACUAUGCCAAUGGCACCCUGGUGACUGCCAAGGCCACCGUUGUCAGCCCCGAGGAGGAGCAGCUGCGCUUCUGGGUGCGCGGUGACAAGGGAAGCUUCAAGAAGUACCACCUGGAUAUCCAGGAGGACCAAUUAAAGGCUGGAAUUAAGCCCGAGGACAACGGGUACGGUCGUGAGCCCAGCGAGCGCUAUGGUACUCUGACCACCAUCCAAGAUGGCAAGACCGUCAAGGAGUACUACCGCAAGCUCGUUCGUGCUCUCGGCGGCGAGGGUGAUCUCCCUGCUAGCGGUGCUGAGGCCAGCCAGGUUAUUCGCCUGAUUGAGUUGGCUCGCGAGAGCUCUGCCACUGGCCGUACUCUGGAUGUUUAG